CAUAUUUAAGGCCACGGCUUCUGCACCAUCAAAACACCCUCCCAAGCCAAAGGCCACCGCAUACUACAAUGGCUUCAGCUGCUAAGCAGAGCAAGAAGCUGCGCAUCCUUCUGAUGCCCUUCUUGGCCACCAGCCACAUCCUCCCCUUGACUGACCUCGCCUUCCACCUCGCCACGGUUAGGCCGGACGAUGUCGAGGCCAUUGUCGCUGUAACUGCGGCAAACGCCCCCAUCGUGCAGUCAGCCCUUGCGAGGCGUGAGCCGAGCCAUGCCAGCGUCGAGGUCGCGACCUACGCCUUCCCGGAGGUUGACGGCCUCCCACCAGGGGUCGAGAACAUGUCCACCGUCAAGGCUGCAGACUCGUGGCGGCUCGAGGUAGCAUCCACCGAUGAGGCGCUAAUGAGGCCGGCUCAGGAGAGUCUCAUCAGGGAGAGCUCGCCUGACGCUAUCAUCAGCGACCUGCACUUCUUCCGGUGGAACUCUGGUAUUGCCGCCGAACUUGGGAUCCCCUGUGUUCUUUUUAAUGUCGUGGGUAUUUUCACGACGCUAGCUACGUGGCGCCUUGCCUUAAGUGGCAAUGUUAAGGACACCCCUGGUAGUUCGGUGACCGUUCCCGAGUUCUCCGGUCCAGAAAUAAGUCUGCCAGUUACUGAGCUGUCAGAGUUUUUGAGGAACCCACCGGUAUUUGACCAGGACGCAGGUGCUCAGUUCGCGAUGCAGCUUAAGAGGUGUGGCUUUAUUUCCAACACGUUCAUUGAUCUCGAGCAUGAUUACUGCGAGAGCUUCGCGGACAGCGGCUAUGUGAAGCGAACCUACUGUGUUGGGCCUCUUUCACUGCCCCUAGCACCACCAGCAAGAGCUGGUACUGGCAGAUCAGCUUGCUUGGAUUGGCUGGACACAAAGCCUACUCACUCCGUUGUAUACUUGUGCUUCGGCAGCCUGACAAACCUUUUGGAUGCUCAACUUAAUGAGCUAGCCCUCGGGCUAGAAGCAUCUGGUGUGCCAUUCUUGUGGGUUGUUAGGGUUAAAACAUGGGAGCCACCGGUAGGGUGGAAAGAUCGUGUUGGGAACAGAGGCAUGGUUAUCAUGGGUUGGGCCCCACAAACCGAUAUACUCCAGCACCCAUCAGUGGGGGCAUUCGUGACGCAUUGCGGGUGGAGCUCCGUCCUAGAGACAAUUGCGAUUGGCGUGCCAGUUUUGACAUGGCCAAUGGUGUACGAGCAGUUCAUCAAUGAGAGGUUUCUGACUCAAGUGCUAAAAUUCGGGGAGCGCCUAUGGCCGGAGGGCGCUGGGCUGCGGAGCACGAGGUAUGUAGAGCAUGAUGUGAUCCCUGCUAAGGCAAUUGCGCAAUCUGUCGCAAAGUUCAUGGAACAUGGAGGUGCUGCGGAAGCUGCGAGGAGAAGGGUAAUGGAACUUUCUCCAAAGGCUCAUGCGGCUAUGGCAGAAGGCGGAACCUCUAACCGUGAUCUGCAUCAGCUUAUUGAUGAUUUUAUUGGAGCAAGAGCGUCUGUUGUUGGGACUACGACGUCAUGAAAAGAUUCAGGAAAAUCUAGGUGGAACGCAAGGCUUAGUUUCAUGAAGAGGGGCAGGUGGCUAUCUAUAUAUGCCACGUGGCUAUAUAUAUAUGCCAUGGUGAUUCAAGAAUAAAAGUUGUUGUUAUGCAACCGGUUUACUGUAAAAUGUGUACCGCAUUGUUGCUGGUCACCACCAAACCCGGCGGUUCCAACUCCUCCAUCUUCUUCCACGCCAGCAAAAAAUCCACCAGAGCAUUCGGCUUUCCCACCCAAGGAUGGUUGAAGACCUUUGUCAUGUUGGAUGGUUUGGAAUUUUUGUUUGUUUGAAUGGAAUUUAUGUUGUGUUGAAUAAAUUGUGUUGGAUGUAAAGAAUGUAUUGAAUGUUCAGGAAUUUGUAUUGAAUGUUAAGGUAUAUUUGCAUCUUUGAUUAAAA